UCUGCUAUGCUGUCGCCUCUAUAGUGACUAGUCGCUAUUUGAAGUCCUCAUGAAUAGGUCCCUAACCAUAGGACCAUACAGGUAACAUUUUAGGUUCCGUUUCCUUCCAACAGGUGCAAAAAACGUAGACGCCGGGGAGGUCGCCUUGCAAAACUGAUUUGCUGUACUAGAAGAGAGCAGGUUACUGACAGCGAGGCUCUCACAGAUGAUACCUCAUGUCAGGACUCAAGCCAGAGUGCUGGAAUGUACAGCUCAUGUUCCACUCACCCUUCAUCUUCUGUCUCCUCACUUUCCCAAAGGGAUAUCGUGGGUCUCAGAGAUGUUACUGACAAUGACAUGGCUGAAGAUCAUCUAAUUCACUCUAACGAGAGCAAAGUGUUGACCUCGGAAGACACAUUAAUUGACCAGCAAGAGUUUGAUGACACUUUCCCAUCUUUUUUCCUCACACGGUUUGUGUGUGGAGAGAGUGUACUGCCAGAGCCUCAGAGAGCCAAACAUGUGAUCAUCAAUGACUCACAGACUGACGACGAAUCAGAUACAGACAAGAAUGCUUGUGAUUCCGACAUCCACCAACGCAUUCUGAGUGAUGGUGACUAUAAUGAGGUGGUGGACAAGGAUAGUGCCCCAGUCCAAACUGUUACUGCUGCUCUGAGUCAUGAUAAUGACUCCCAAACCUCACCCACGAUCGUCAACAAUGGUGUGUUCUAAACUUCGUACGUAGUUUACAUAAUGCAUUGUGUAAACUGCCAAACAGAUGUUUGUCCGUGACCAUGACAUCAUCCGCUGUAUGCUCCAAGACGGAAACUAUGAUUUGUCAGUUGAAGUGUAUGCUGCACUCCAGAUGACCAUUAGUCAGGAUGGAUUUCACACUCCCUCCAGUACCGAUGAUGAUGGUAUGGAUGCACAUGAUUGUGAGAUUCUCCAGUCGAUUCUGAACGAUGGAAAUUAUGAGAUGUCGGCAGAUGAUGUGGCUACACUCGAGACAGUGAUUUCAACUUUGACUUUACCCACUCCAGUCACUGAUCUGUGUCAGUUCAGCUCUGAAGAAAACACAAGCUGUGAUGAAUCUCAAAUCCUAUCUGUGACUAAUGAAAGUGAUUCUGCCAUUCUUCAAUCCAUACUCGAUGACAGAAACUAUGAGAUUGCAGAUGAGGACCGUGCUGCACUCCACGGUGUGAUAAAAAUCCUCAUCACUGGCGGUAGUGUCUUUGAUGUCACUAAUAAAGCGACUCGCAUUACUCACAUGAACAAUGAUUAUAAGGCUCUACGAUGCGGCAUGGAUGAGGUGGUGGACAAGGAUAGUGCCCCAGUCCAAACUGUUACUCUGGCAUCAGCAAAUGUUGAGGGGAAACGGUGGUACCAACACUUUUAG